UACUAUGUGGGAUCUCGGCAACCGCGGCGCCGUGGUGUUGAUUAGUGUGACGUUCGGGUGCGUACUCGUCUACAACGCCUGGGGCGCUGUCCUGGCGCUGGCGUUCACGCUGCUCCUAGUGGUGUACGCGUGCUACUCCCUGCUCGCCAACGACAGUCUGGUGUCGCCGCACGCGUAUCACGUUCUCGGCUACCUGCGGGAGGCGGUUCGCGAGCUCGGCGCGGCGCUCCGCGCCGUCCACGGCCACGGUACCGGUUACGCGCGUAAGCUCUGGCACAGUGCGAGCCGUUGUUACCGCGAGCGUUUUCCCCCGUUCAGGAUGGACAGACGACGCGCGAGCAGCUAUCAGCUCAGCAGCGACUCUUACGCCGCCGCUGUCAGGCGCGGGGAGCCGCCGUCGCUGCCGUUGCUGUCGUCAUCGUCGUCGUCCAGGUUCGGCCUGAUCGGCCAGCUGAGCCCGAUCCCAUGCGAUCCCUACCGCUCGCGCGUCGUCAACGACACGCUCGGGGCGGACGGCGAGCUGUGUCACGCCGGCGAUUACGAUCGCGCGUCGCAGCGACAGCAGUACCCCGUCUACGCCAAGCACACGUCCACGCCGGUCCUGAGGCCCGGCGGCAGGGAGGACUGCCCGCGGAACGGCGAUCUGGUCUCGCGCUCGCGCGAGACACCCGCCAGGAGGAUUCCGCCUGUGCACGCACAGAAUCACACGCUGAGCCGCGGCGAGAAUGUCACGCAGUUCAGUCCCGAGGGGUCUCCGUGGGGUAUGAGCAUCAGCCCCAAGAUGCGCCCGCGACCAGCCGGUGUGAAGACGGUGCAGACCGUCGCCGGACCGUUGUUGGCAUCGACGAGAUACAACAUCGAUCCCAAGCUGUACACAGACGUAUCGUCGCCGGGUCUCACAACGAGGCUGACCAAGUACGCCACGGAGGCAAAGAAUAAACUGACUCAUCAAUCGCAGUACGGCACUGGGCAGUUUCCGAAAGUUAAUCUCCACGCGAAUCCGAUUCCUCUGUUGAACUCGAAGCUGACGAAGCUGAGGAUGCCCGUAACGGUGAGAGUAGCGCCGCCGGACGUGACAAAGUAUUCUCCGCCCGAGAGGCAGAAGAUGCUGUCCCACGUUUGCCACACGGAGAACAGAUCGCCCACGAGCGUUGUCCAGGUCCUGCGAGAGAUCUCGUUGAAGCGACACGCGUCGACGGAGGACGUCAGCUUCGACGUUGCGAAAAAGCAGAGGACGGAAUUCUUUAACGAGGAGAGGGAAACGAUUGUCGAGGAGAACAAGCAGAAACGAAACAGGGAUGAGUUAUCCAAGUCGGACGAGGAUCUCUCUCCCCAAAGCAAAUCUGUCAGACCUGCGAAGCGCACGAAGACGCGGUCCUGUUACGACAUCUUGAAUUCUUUGAGCUCUAGCGCCCAUGUCGCCGCCGGGGUUAAAAGAAAAGCAGUAGAUUUCUCGCGCAGUGGUACGCCCGACUUCGAGAAGCAUUUCAAGUCUCUGGAAAGCGCACGGACUAGCAGCUCGCCCACUGUGCCGCAGUCCCGCCCCAAGAAUUUGGAUCUAGAUGACGGUAGAUCUGAUUUUAGAGAAAUGUAUACGAAAGGUCCCGAAGUCCUUAGUUCUAAGAAAACAGAGGAAUUCCCUCUGGUGAAAGGAAUAUUGAAAUCGUCUAAUAAAGAAUCGAGGCUCAAUUUGGAUAAAACCGGGCCUGCAGUUCGCAAGAGUGCGAGAAGCCCCAGCGAGACUGACAACAACAAAUCCGCCGUACCGAGACCCGUUGUUAAACUCACGGACAAACUGUUUAUGAGAGCAGAGCCUGAGCGGAACGAGCAGUUGAAGUCGCUCGUGGAGGAACCGGGUAAUGUAAAGGUCAAAUUCGCGACGGACAACGUGGAGGAAAUAAGGAAGGAGGACAUACGGAAUAUGAGGCAGAAUAGUAUGAAAGCCAGGCUGCAAAGUAUGUUUGACGCGAUAUCGGGGAAAGCAGAGAACAAGAUCAACCCGGAUGUCGUGAUUCAAGCGGACGAUAUUAACACAAUUACACCGCCGGUCACACAACCGGUCAGUUGUGCAACUCUCAACUCCUCGACAAUGACGACGAGCAUUAAUACCACACCGCUGUCCACCGCCGCCAUCGUACCGAGUGGUUUCUCUUCGUCGAGGCCGAGUAUUGAGGCGAAACUUGAAACCAAGUCGGACGCAGCUUUACCGAACACCACGUCGCCGGCGCAAUUGAGUGUGCCAGCGACAAAUACUCUUGUGACGAAAGACACGAAUUUAGCCGCCAAAACGAUCGGGACUAUCGAACAAACGAAAGCUGUGUCGAUCGCGCCCGCGGUUACCAGCAAGAAGCCCUUGGAAACAAUCAUAUCUUCGACUCCAAGUAUAGCAACGCCGACUUUCGCUUUCGGAAAACCGGCCACAGAUGUGCCAGCCGUGACGUCGAAAAGCACUUUGCCGAACUUUAGUACUGGUACAUACAGUAGCAGCACCUUUACGCCAAUUUCAUCAAAGUCUACUAAUUUCUUGGUGGUUGACAAAGCGCCGUCGAGUUCAACAUUCGCACCGAUUAGCCCUACCACGACUCAAGGAAACGUUCAGGCGAACAAAAUCCUUACAAGCGCUGUCAUUACCUCGCCCAGCACUGGGAAUACUCAGACCGCCCUUGCUUUGACUUUUGGUAGCAACAAACCCGCUUUGCCUGUCGCGAUGCCCACUCAAGUUGCUGCGUCAAGCUUGCCGUCCCAAUUACCUGGGGCGAUUGUUGCACUAUUGCCGACCAAUGCAACUACCGCAACGAGCGUCGCCGGUUUUAAUAAAAUUGUGAACAGUAGCGCGCCGAGUGGCGUGACAACCGCGUCUGCGACCGCGCCUUUGUUCGCCUUCGGAAGUAACAGUGCCGCAUUGCAAUCUCCGAAGUCGGAUAAGUUCAUGUUCGGCCAGCCCAGCAGUAACGCUCAGCCGAAGACAAACGCCUUUGCAAGCCCUGCAAAUAGCCAAGCAGCAUCAUUGUCGCAAGUUACGACUAAACCUUUCAAUUUCUCGUCCACUCCGAUAGCUUCCUUAACGACCGUCGCAAAUAGCUCGUUUACCGCGAACAUGACGACUACCACGGCAUCGACGUUCGGAUUAUCGAGCCCGUCUACGUUCUCGUUGGCCACGACGUCCGCUACCGCCUCAAUACCCACCUUAUCCACCAGCAAACCUCUGUUCGUUUUCGGCGCUUCCAACGCCUCGAGCGCGACGCCUAUAGCCCUGCCAGCUGGGACGUCCACCACCACCACCACCACCGUUCCACAAUUCGGCACGUCUACGACCGCGGUCGCGCAAUUUGGGACACCUACGACCGCGGUCUCGCAAUUUGGGACACCCACGACCGCGGUCUCGCAAUUUGGGACACCCACGACCACGGUCUCGCAGUUUGGAACACCCCCGAUGGCAGUUUCGCAAUUUCGAACGCCCGCGACCACGGUUUCGCAAUUCGGCGCACCCACCACGUCCAUCUUCGCCACCGCGUCGGUUACGACGAACGCGAGCAUAUUCGGAACGGCCAGCAACAGCCAGCCGCUCUUCGGGACCGCGUCGGGGUCCGGAGCGGCGCCAGAAGCAGCCAGUUUAUUCAACGCUCCGAAAACCACGACGUCGGCGAUCUUCGUCUCGACGACCAACGUCGCGCCGUCGUCCGGCGGCACCAGUCUGUUCUCCAAUGCCGGCGCCAACUCGACCCCGACCACCGCGGCGCCUUCGGUAUUCGGUAGCAGCGCCCCGGUCUUCGGCCAGGCGUCCAAGUCCACGGCGUCCUUCGGGGCGGCGAGCGGUAUGUUCGGCAGCACGACGGCGCCGAUGUUCGGCAGAACCACGCAGACCAGCACGACCGCCCCCGCGUUCGGCGUCGCCGGCAACGUCUCCACCAGCGCGAUCACCCCCGGCACCACCUUCGGCACCACCAACAGCACGACGCCCGCGUUCGGGACACCUGGCGCGGGGACGGCGACGAGCGUGCAGGCGGCGCCGGCUUUCGGCUCGACCACCGGGAUAUUCGGCUCGACCGACAGCAGCGCGCCGUCGGUCCCCAUAUUCGGAGCUAACGCUGCCCCGGCUACCGGGGACACCUUCGGCAUCUCCUCACCGCCGAGCAACUUCGGCACGCAGAACUCCCCGAGUCUCGCGUUCGGUGCCGCGGUCGCUGGCACCGCGUUCGGCGACAACAAGUCUCUGUUCGGAGCAACGCCCGCGACCAGCGCGAGCUUCGGCGCGUCUAGCCCGCCUGUCCCCGCGUUUGGGGCUGGUAGCGCCAACAAUGCCGCCGGCGCUACGAACAACAUGUUCGUCUUCGGGGGCGCUCAGAAGGACGGGCAGCAGAGCACGACGAGUCCAUUCGGUUCCAACUUCAACGCCGCGAGCAAUAACUCCACGGCUGCACUGCCCGUCCCGUUCCAGUUUGGCUCCUCUUCCAAACCAGCGACAGCGGGAUUCAACUUCACCGCGCCGCCGGCGACGCCCACCCUCAAUUUCGGGACCACGGUCGCGCCGACCUUCAAUCCCUCGACGCCCGGCAUGUUCAGCAUCGGAAGCGGGUCCACCGCGCCGCGAUCUAGAACAAUUCGCUCGCGGAAACCGAGAUGAUGGAGAAUGUAAACGCCACCUGCAUAUCCGAGUGCAUACUUUCGUUGAAAUAUAUAUUCCAAGUGUUUAUUCAAUUAUAUUCUUUUACAUAGGUACGUGUAUGUUAGUGGUGUCCCGCGUUUAAAAAAAGAGACGUACAUUCGACAUGCGUAUGCCGCAUCUCGAUAUUUAAUUUGGUAAAUAAAAUCACACGUCGGAUUGUGAAGAGAUUUGAAAGAAUAUUGUGGUAUACUAGGCGGUUUGCGAUCACGUUUUUACAAAAAUGCGUUCGGUGACGGUUGCUAAGUAUACCCACUUUGUACAUAGUGUGUAUCCUAUAAAACUACAUGUAGUGUCUUAUCUGAUUUGGUCACUUGCGAUAUCUUUGUAUUUUUAGUGAUACGGAAAAGCGUAGUAGUUGGUUAGAAGCUCUAGAACAGAAGUUGGCUGAAAGCUCUAGCCAAUGAUUCCAUUUGCCCACGUAUUCCGAUAGCUUUUCCUGAUUAUCUCAAUUCUCGUACACGUUCACAAGUCCAGAAUACUCAGUUCCUGAACCACUGUAACUCACUCCGAAUAAUCUCAAGCCUGUCCAAACAAAAUUCUGCGAAAUAUAUUAGCACAUCGUGUCAUGAUGGACGGGACUCAAAAUACACGAACAUACACGAAUGUACUAACGGAUUGCGAGUUACGAUGGAAAAGCUCCUCGGCGUCGCUGUAUCGGCCCGUAAACAGAUAUAACCAGGCUAAAUGCCUUAUACUCCCACUUCAUAAUCAUCAGAUUCUUCAUUAACACUAAUAGAGCUUACAAGCAUCGUUUCCGCUUCCUGAUUCCUGUUUAUACGCGGGUAUAAACGGCCGAAAUGUCUGUGUAUUGUAUCGCGGUUUGUACGUUCCUUUCACCAAAUUCAGUUUUCAAUAUUUCCAAAGCAGAGAAGUGAAGACGCUCGGCCUCGCGCGAAACAUUAAAGUCCAACUGUACGAUCAAUAAAGUGAUAAUAUUCUCAAGAA